AUGAAAUAUGACGUUAUUACGCAAACUCGGAAAAACGCAAAAAAUUUCGAGACCCCCCCUCAAGAGGAUGUCCACGAGGAAUCUGUAACCAUAAACAUGAACACCAAAGAUAACUUUGAUAUUUCUAUUUUGCCUGAUUUAACUUAUCUGAAAUAUUUACAAAUACAAAUUGAAAUUUUUUACCUUCACAAGAGAGAUUGCCUAGUGGCAAAGACAACUCCCGUUCAAUUCUUAGGGCUCAACGAGGGUCGUAGCCUACUGUCAGAUAUAUACAGCAACGAGGAUCACUUCGUUUUAUUCUCCGAGGGCCCCUAUUUAGGAUAUGGGACGUCUGGCAAAUUAACCACUACAACGUUAAAAAAAAUCCAGUCGAACUCGUUGCAGCAAGUAUCAUACUUUGACAUUAUAACUGAGGAGGCGUAUUUGAAGGAGGAAAAGGAAAACAAGGAGGAACGAAGCAACGACAACUUUUACGCGUGCUGCUUCAUUCAGUUGUAUGAGCCCUACGUGAUCAAGUCGUACAUCAGUAUCCCUUUCAACGGAAAGGAACCCUACUUUAGCGUAUUUUUAACGAAAAAGAAAACCCAAAAGCGGUUAAAGAAAUUGCAAGACUACUUAAACACGACUGUUGUAAAUAAGCACUCCAAAGUUGAGGAUACCCAAAGGCAAAUCAUAUUAACCUUACAGCUGGCAAAACUGAGGGAGGGGGCACAUAAGUAUUACAAGUCGUUUAGCAAAAGUUCGACGCCUAUAUUUGAUGAGGAAAUAAAUUGA